AUAUUAGUAAAUAACAAAACUAUGCUAGUUCUAAAUCAACAAAAAGUUCAAAUGCCAAUAGACACGAAAAAAGUGGCAUUAAUCGAACAACGAAUAGAUCAGUAGUCAAAGGCAAAGGCGUCAACGUGUUGGAAAUAUACGUUCUUCAUAUAUCAAAUCGUGACUGUAAUUCUGUGAAAUGGCUGCGAUUAGUUUAUUAAACCCGAAAGCCGAAUUUGCGAGGGCCGCUCAGGCGUUGGCCGUGAAUAUUACGGCCGCAAAAGGAAUUCAAGAUGUGAUGAAAACGAAUCUAGGGCCGAAAGGCACGAUGAAAAUGUUGGUCUCUGGAGCAGGUGACAUAAAAAUUACAAAAGAUGGAAACAUACUAUUGCACGAAAUGCAAAUACAGCAUCCAACUGCAUCUCUGAUUGCCAGAGCAUCUACUGCUCAAGAUGAUAUUACCGGAGAUGGUACAACCAGUACUGUAUUAGUCAUUGGGGAACUUCUUAAGCAAGCAGACAUUUAUAUAUCCGAGGGUCUUCAUCCUAGAAUACUUACAGAAGGUUUUGAUUUAGCCAGAAUUAAAACUUUGGAAGUACUGGACUCCAUGAAAAUUCCAAUUGAACCUACUAAAGAGAGUCUGCUUAAUGUUGCUAGAACUUCUCUUAGAACCAAGGUUCAUUCCUCUAUAGCUGAUAAAUUGGCAGAAAUCUGUGUGGAUGCUGUCUUGACUAUCAGGCAAGGGACUCAAGAUAUUGAUCUGCACAUGGUUGAGCUUAUGGAAAUGCAACACAGAACAGCAGCAGACUCAACUUUAGUUCGUGGUAUUGUAACAGAUCAUGGAUCCAGACAUCCAGACAUGCCUAAAAAAGUUACAAAUGCCUAUAUUUUAACAUGCAAUGUCAGCUUGGAGUAUGAAAAGAGCGAGGUAAACAGUGGUUUCUUCUAUAAAACCGCCGAAGAACGGGAAAAGCUCGUGGGGGCCGAGCGUCAAUUUAUCGACAAACGAGUAAAGAAAAUAAUCGAAUUGAAAAAGAAACUGUGCGACGGAACGGACAAAUCGUUCGUCAUUAUAAAUCAGAAGGGCAUCGAUCCGCCAUCCUUGGACAUGCUCGCCAAAGAAAACAUCCUCGCUUUGCGCAGAGCGAAACGUAGAAAUAUGGAGCGUUUGGCUCUGGCGUGCGGUGGAACGGCUAUGAAUUCGUUCGACGAUUUGCAAGAAGAACAUUUAGGAUGGGCGGGACUCGUAUACGAACACGUAUUGGGAGAAACAAAAUAUACGUUCAUAGAAGAAUGCAAGAAACCAAAUUCAGUGACCAUUCUCUUGAAGGGACCGCAGAAACACAUUUUGGAGCAAUUGAAAGAUGCCGUUCGAGAUGGUCUUAGAGCUAUCAAGAAUGCUAUCGACGAUGGCGCGGUUAUUGCCGGUGCUGGUGCUUUCGAAGUGGCCGCCAGCAAGGCACUUAAACAGUACGAAGAAAAAGUUAAAGGAAAACAACGGUUGGGCGUGAAAGCAUACGCGGAAGCUUUGCUUGUAAUUCCAAAAAUUCUUGCUGUGAAUAGCGGAUUCGAUGCGCAAGACACGAUUGUUAAAUUAUUCGAGGAAGCGGCUGCAUUGCAAGAACCAGUAGGAUUAGAUGUUUCGACGGGUGAAGUAUUGAAACCCGCAGACGCAGGCAUUUAUGACAAUUAUAACGUGAAGAAACAAAUAAUUAACUCCUGUACGAUCAUCGCCAGCAAUCUGCUUUUGGUCGAUGAAAUAAUGAAAGCAGGAUUAUCGUCUCUGAAAGGGUAAACCCGCUAACAAGUAUUCGUUGAUUAAAAAUAUAUUUUUGGGAACUUCAAGUUACUUUGUGUAAUUUAAAUGUCACGUUUGCACGAUUUUUAAUCGAAACUUCCGCAUAAUUCGAACAUUUUUUUUUAUUGCUUUCAAUUAACGCAAAAGAACUGCACAGAAUAACAAAUAAAGCGCUACUUUUAAAUUUAAGAAAGAAGAGAAACAUGGUGAAUAUCUAUUUUUUUUGU